AUGGUGUUCGUGCUGGGGAUUGCCACGGUGUAUUCGCAGGUGGAGUUAUCUGAUCUGGAUAAGCCAAUUCCAAUUAUUUCUAUCAGUGGUGUGGUAGGCAAGAAAGUGAAACUUCCUUGUGAUAUUCAAACUGCCGACAACGACGAAGUAAGCAUGGUGCUUUGGUACAAGGAAGGUGGUGGCCAACCAAUUUAUAGCUUCGAUGUCCGGGAUCGUCGACAAUUCAGCAAAGCUAACUUUUGGUCGUCGCCGACGGCAUUGGGACCAAGAGCUUUUUUUAUCACGAAGACGAAUCCCGCUUAUCUCAGCAUCGAUCAAUUGGAGACUAAAGACGAAGGGAUCUAUCGGUGUCGAGUGGACUUCAAGAAUUCGCCGACGAGAAAGCAGAAAAUAAAUCUGACUGUUAUACUGCCCCCAUCGAAGCCGGUGAUACUGGACGGGACGACGGAAAUCUCGGAGAUAGAGAAGCUGUACAACGAGGGAAGUGACGUGAACCUGAUUUGCGAGGUACAAGGUGGCAGGCCGCCCCCGACGCUGACGUGGUACCUCGGGAACAACGUGAUAGACGAGUCCUAUCAGUACAAGCCUGACUUGGGGCUAACGGUUAACCACUUGUUCUAUCCGAAAGUUGGUCGGCAACACUUCAAGGCUCAGCUGAUCUGCAGAGCCAGUAACACUAAUUUGGUGAUGCCGCAGACCAAGCUGAUCAAUCUCGACAUGAAUCUAAAGCCACAGGUCGUACAGAUUUUGACGAAGGAGCCUCGAGUUUCCUCUGACAAGAACUACGACGUGGAGUGCAGGACAAGUGGUUCCAGGCCAGCAGCGGUAAUUACUUGGUGGAAGGGGGAAAAGCAGAUUAACAAAAUGGCGCAAAAUUACGAGCUGGAAAAUAAUCAGAGCCUGAGUAUCCUGAGUUUCGUGCCAAGUAUCGACGACGAUGGCAAAUAUCUGGCGUGUCGGGCGGAGAACCCUGCUAUUCCUGGCAGUAUUUUGGAGGAUAAGUGGAGGCUGGACGUGCAGUAUCAGCCGGUGGUGACCCUCAAGAUGGGCGAGAACUUGAAUCCAGACGAUAUCAAAGAGGGCGAUGACGUGUACUUCGAGUGCUCGGUUAGGGCUAAUCCGAAAGUGUACAAGCUCGCUUGGUUCAAAAAUGGCAAAGAGUUGAAGAACAAUUCCACAGCGGGUAUCGUCCUCAGCGAUCUUUCUUUGGUUCUCCAACGCAUAACCCGAUACUCGGCUGGUGAUUAUACUUGUCUUGCUGCCAAUAGCGAGGGAAAGACUGCCAGUAACCCGGUGACACUUCAAAUAAUGUAUACCCCGGUCUGCAAAGAGGGUAGAAGCGAGGUUGUGGUCGGCGCCUUGAAACAGGAAACCGUAUCGUUGGUUUGUUCCGUGGAGAGUCAUCCGGCACCGUUGACCUUCCACUGGACAUUCAAUAAUUCCGGGGAGCUGGUGGAGGUUCCUCAUUCUCGUUACUCUCACGUGCCAGCGCCCGAGACACCGUCCGUCGCCGAGAGCCUGAAGGAGUACCAACAGUUUCACGGUUCCAGGCUAAACUACACGCCAGCAACGGAAAUGGACUAUGGCACGGUGGCAUGCUGGGCGACCAACCAGGUUGGCAAGCAACGAGCACCGUGCCUCUUUCAGGUGAUAGCCGCAGGCCGGCCGUAUCCUCUGCACAAUUGCAGCGCGACGGAAAUGUCAGCGCCGUUGGACGCGGAGGAGCUCAGCGCGAAAUCUGGAACCGGGCUGCAGGUGCGAUGCUUGGAGGGUUACGACGGCGGUCUUCCAAUUUACAGCUACCAAUUGGAGGUAGUCGCCGACGAGGACGGCGGACCGAUUUUACUCAACAGAACCAUCCCGGUGAAUCCGAACGGGCCAGCGUUCGAGGUAGCAGGCCUAACGACAGGAAGGAGCUAUCGACUUUUUUUGUACGCGAUUAAUGCGAAAGGGAGGAGCGAGCCUGCCAUUCUCGAGCCAGUGACCCUGAAAGGUGUCGCCAUGUACACGACCGGUACCACGGACGCAUCGAUGGUGAGCCCGUUGCUGCUGGGCCUGGCAGCAACAGCGACCCUUUUGGCCCUGGCCGUAGCUGGAAUCCUGGCGGCGCUCUACCGGAAGCACUCGAACGGCCGGCCCGGAAGUCCAAAGCACGCUCCCAUCGUGUGCGAGCCACCUAAUGCAGGUGCAACUACCCCGGUGCACCCUCAGACCAAGCAGGCGGUCGAUGACAUCGAUCCGGACAUCAUACCCAACGAGUAUGAGAGAAGACCCCUAACGUACACACCGAUAUACAAGACGCCCCCGCAGCGGAGAAAGAAGGAUCGAGUAAUGGACGACGCGAUCUCGCCAGAGAAAAGGCCGAUCGUGCAGCACGGUUUAGAUCUACCUCCGGAUCCCAUCUUGAGCGACUGUCUGCCAACGCCGAACAUCAAUUAUCCCCAGAAUCACGUUUCCCAGCCGAACACUUACAAUCAUCCACCCACUAUGGCGGACUUCAAGCAAAUGGCGAUGGACGCUUACAACCAACGUAAUAAGCAAAACGUCUACUAUAGUCUUCAAAGGUCGAGCAAAGGACUGUCGUCGAUGCCGCAGAGGCCAGUAUCCUCGUCGGUCUCCGCGCAGGGCAAGUUCCAUCAGCCGGAAGUGGUGACGCGCUCGAAUCGAAUACAAGAGAGUUGUAUAUAAGUUCGGGGGAGAGGAAUUUCACCCGCGAAACUAGAACGGCUCCGUGAGCGUUCGUGGCAGUCGCUAGCUAAGAGUCGACGGAACGUCGGCAACGUUCGAAGCGGAAUUCUCAUGGACGAGAUCGCACGUGGCAUCUUCCUACGGUCGACGCGAGAAUUCGCAAGCGACUUCGCGAAACACUGCGAACGUUUCACUGUACAAAACCGACGAACAAUUUCAGGUCGACGUGACGGAAACGUAGACCUGUAUCGAGACAUCGAGCCGACUUUCGUCGCGAGAAGGACGAAAUUGAACACGUACGUAGGUGUCGCGCGUCAGUCGCAAAGUUAAUGAAACGUCGACGAUUAGAGGCUCCGAUGGUUCUAACGGGGAGUGUAUCAGGUCGCGAUAGGAUUCUGUUCGGUUGUUCGUUCUUUUUCUACCUGGAGAUUUUUAUAAUAGAGUUUGCCCACGUUCGCGCGUGAACGAGAAACGAGAAGGGUUCGAUAAAAUAGUGCAAAUAGCUAGCAAUUUGACGAAGCAACGUCGCCGAAUUAACGAACACAUGGAGUCGGAUAUCGAGUCUUCGUUUCCGUUCACAGACACCCGGCACGGUACCGUGUGUUUUACUGUUUAUAUGAGAUUAGUUUUUGUACAAAGAUCUAUUGUAAAUAGGCGAGACAGCCUGGCCCUAGUGGAUAGUAAACCAAUGUCCGAAUUUUAUUCGCUAAAAGUCACGUUAAGGAAGAGGGAGGAUUGUUCGGUCACGUAAGAUAAAUACUCGAUGGCAUACGAAAUAAAGAGAAUACGUUUCAUCUGUUUUACAGAAACGUGUCUUACCUAUUUGUCGUCCAGCCCCCGAACCUUGCCCCGAUCCUCUCUAUUAAGAGACGAGAAAAACGUACGAAACGAGGAGCCGAAAUUUCGGUCGCACGUGACACGAAUCCCGACCCGCGAUCGCAUUGACCAUCGAGUUUCGCGUUCUCCAUUUCAAACGUGAAGCAAAUCUUAAUGCACCGCGUGCACCCGCGACGGUGAAAGUCGCAUGAAAAUUUUAUUCGAGAGCCAAACAUGUGCCGCGACAGAGCCCCAUUUCACCGACGAUAUCCAAGGGUUUCAAUUUCAGACACCGCGACGGUGUAUCUAGCAUAAGCGAUACGACUAACAUUUCGUUUGACUUUAAUC